CCGAGCCGGAUCCCGGAUCCCGGAGCGGAGCCGAGCCGGACGGAGCGGGGCCGAGCGGGCCGAGCCAGCAGCCGAGCUGGGGGCGCGGGCGGGCGGCAUGUACCGGGCCCGGGCGGCGCGGGCGGGGCCGGAGCCCGGCAGCCCGGGGCGCUUUGGGAUCCUCAGCACCGGGCAGCUGCGAGACCUGCUUCAGGAUGAGCCCAAGCUGGACCGGAUCGUGCGGCUCAGCAGGAAGUUCCAGGGCCUGCAGCUGGAGCGAGAGGCCUGCCUGGCCUCCAACUACGCCCUGGCCAAGGAGAAUCUGGCACUGCGGCCCCGCCUGGAGAUGGGCCGGGCUGCCCUGGCCAUCAAGUACCAGGAGCUCCGAGAGGUGGCUGAGAACUGUGCGGACAAGCUGCAGCGACUGGAAGAGACCAUGCAUCGCUGGAGUCCCCACUGUGCCCUGGGCUGGCUGCAGGCUGAGCUGGAAGAGGCUGAACAGGAGGCUGAGGAACACAUGGAGCAGCUGCUGCUGGGCGAGCAGAGCCUGGAGGCCUUUCUGCCCGCCUUCCAGCGUGGUCGGGCUCUGGCCCACUUGAGGCGGACCCAGGCUGAGAAACUGCAGGAGCUGCUGCGGCGCAGGGAGCGCUCUGCCCAGCCAGCCCCUACCGCUGCUGCUGAUGCCCCCAAACCCUUCCCGGCUGCAGCCGUUCUCCACACUGGGGCUGCCUGGGGGCCACCUGCUGCACCCCGGAGCCUGCCCCCCUUGGACUCCCGCCCAGUGCCCCCACUGAAGAGCUCCCCUGGGUGCCCCCUUGGCCCAGCACCUCUGCUGAGCCCCAGGCCCUCUCAGCCAGAGCCCCCCCACCGGUAGGAUCCAGGGUGUGGCCCCCCAGUGGGGGGUCCAGACAAACUUGAUUGGAGGCUCCUCCUCCUCCCCCACUGCCUGGGUGGGGGGAGGGGCAGGCCCCUCCCCCUGGCCUCAGGCAGGCCCUGGCCCUGGAGGCUGAGUGGGGAGGAGGUCACCUGGAGGAGGCCCCCAGAGGGCUGGGGUGGGUGGGCAGGGUGCUGGGCCCUGGCACAAAGGAACCUCUGCCUUUGUUGUUUCCCCAGCUGGGGCCUCCAGGGUGAUGGGCCAGCCUCAUGCAAGAACUUUACUCACCAUGGGGCCUGGGAAGGUACCGCUUACCUGAGGGCUCUGCCCAGGGUGCUGUUGCACCCUGCUGCUCCACUGAGUUUGCACAAUGCCAAGACCAACAGGAGUGUUGUCCAUCAUGUCCUGAGCCUACUUUUCCCCCAGCUCUGGAGCCACUGCCUAGCAGCCAGGCGGCCAGGCCUUCAGCUGUGGGGCCAGGGAUGCCGUUCCCCUGGGGCUGUUCUGGGUCCCUCUCCUGCUCCAGCCCCUGGAGCAGGGUAGGCCAGGGGUGCAUCUGACCUGCACAGGCGAGAGUGGGCCAUCCCCAGGAAAGACCAUUCUGUAUUUUUCUGUCCCUGUCUCCUUAGAAUGGAACCUUUUUGAGGGCAGGUCCUUGUCUUUGUAUGUUCUGUCCCCAGCCCCGCCUCCUAGGGGCCGUCAAUAAAUGUGAUGAUGAAGAUGA